GUGUAUAUAAGUAAAUCUAGUAAACAGAGCGUCAAGUACAAGAAACAAAGAGAACAAGAGAGCAUUUUCCAAUUAAUUAAUUAGAAGAUGGCUGAUCCUUCAAACCUGCAGCAAUUUCACUUUGUGCUAGUCCACGGGGCUGGCCAUGGAGCAUGGUGCUGGUACAGGCUUCGGACUCUCCUCGAGGCUUCGGGACACAAGGUCUCCGCGAUCGACCUCAAGAGCUCCGGCAUCGAUCCGACCAAUUUCGAUGCCGUCUUUACUUUCCAAGAGUAUAAUGAGCCUCUUAUCACUUUCAUGUCGUCCUUGCCUUCAGAUGAAAAGGUUGUACUCGUGGGACACAGUGUGGGGGGGUCUUAACAUUACGGAUGUGCUAUACAAGUUUCCUGAGAAAGUCAGAGUGGCCGUCUAUAUCGCAGCCAACAUGAUGAAGAAUGGCUAUGGCUUCACUAAAACGACUGCAAAGAACUUUAAGAGUCUUCAUCUCGCGGAUUUCCUAAAAUCUUUGAUUGGAACCAUUGGAGAUAUUCUUAAAUGGGAGAUUGUGAUUGGAUCUGACUUGCUACCCGGCAUCAUAGUUAAGCCCGAAAGUCAGCGCUUGACUUAUUAUCAUAUGAGCCCCGUUGAGGUUAUAUUAGUCGGGAAUAUUUAGACAUUUGUUUUUAGUGCAAGGUUAUAUUAGUCGGGAAUAUUUAGACAUUUGUUUUUAGUGCAAGGUAAUUAUUUCUAACGAGAUACUUUGUUUUGACUAUCUGCAGGUUAUUCGCUCUGUUCCACGGUACUUAUCAUGCAUCGUAACACCUGUUUUUAGCAAAUUAUUACCUUUUGUUUGUAGCGUAAUGGCGAUAGUGUUAAGUUUUGUUUGCAGUAUUUACUACUGCCAUAUACUCAAACGUUUAUUUUCUUCGUAUAAAUAUAUUGUACUCUCUUUCAUGCUUAUAGUCAUUUGCU